AUGAAGAAAAUUAGUUAAUAGAUGUUAUCAUUAAUGAACAAAAAUAACUUAUAAGAUUAACCAUUCACAAAUGAUCAAAAAAAAAAUAAAAGUAAACCUAGAACUGCAAAUACAGAAAGGCCUUAUUCUAAGACAUAGAAGAAUGAUUUACUUGAGUAUUUCAAAAAAGAAAGAAACACUUUAAAUUAAAUUGUUAACUCUUCAAAGGCGACAUUAUAAGGAAGCAAAAGCAUUGAUAAUUUAUAACAAUAAAGUUAGAAGAGCGAGCGCUUAAAAACUGGUUAAUUUAAUGUAUUUUUGUGUUUAAUUUCUAAAUAGGCUGAGGCACGUAUUUAAACUGAUGAAGGAAAUAGUUCUAAAAGAUAAAUUUUAAAAUAAAAAAAUUUAUCAUUAGCAACUAUUUCAUUAGAUGCUCAAAAUAUUGAUAAAAUGUUGAAAAAUUAGUUAUUAAAAUAACCUCAAACAACUAAACAAUCCUAUAAUUAAUCUCCUUAAAAUUAAAUUAAGAUACCUAUUUAGAAAUAAAAAGAUCAAUUAUUAUUUGAUAUGCACUUGGUAUAUUUUUAUUUAAAUCUAGCUAACAAAUACAGUUUGUAACAAUGAAUAUCAGAAUUAUUUAAAUUAAAAAUAAAAUAAAUAAUCAAUUCAAUCGAAUACUUCAUUAAAUCAUAGAUAAUCUAUUGAAGAUAUGCUUUAUAAUCAAAAAAUACUGAAAGGAUCCAUAUAGUUUCAAACUUAGAAGACUAAAAAAACUGAAAGUGAAUCAAAAUCAACGAAUUAAAGUCAUAUAAAAACUGAAUAUUCAUCAACAUCUAAUUAAUAAUUGUUAAAAUAAAAAAUAAAAGAGGAAAAUAUGUAAUAUGAUUCAAGUAAACAAUUAUAAAUAAUCCUCUAUUAUAAAUAAUAAAAGUAAAAAAGAUUGUUAAAUUCAUAGAUACAAUUAUUUAUAUGAAUAUAAAAAUUAAACUACUGAUAAUUUGUACAAUUAUUUGAUUCAAUAAAUAGCUUGUAUAGAAAGAUCAUUUACAAAGCUUGGAAGUGGAACAGGUUCGACUGAAGGAGAUUAAAUAUAAUAAGGUAUAAAAAUUCAAAAUUUUUAGAAUUAAAUAAGAUAUGUUAAUUUUAAACAGUAGCAAAAAAUAUUCCUUAUGAUUAUUAUCUAACCAUUCCUGAAUUAACACUGGAUGUUUUUAAAGGAAUCACAUUAUAGGUUUAGCCUUUAUAUUAAUAACCAAUUACAACAAAAAGAGUAGGAUUAAAAGAUUUUACUCUUGUUAAAUGUAUAGGUGUUGGAGGGUUUUCUAGAGUUUAUAUGGUAAGAAAGAGAGAUAAUGGAAAAUUUUAUGCUUUGAAAUUGAUAGAUAAAAAAUUUAUAUUGGAAAAUUAGAAAGAAAUUAUAGUAUAAAAUGAAAGAGAUAUAAUGGUAUAGAUGGAGAAUUAAUUUAUAACUCCAUUGCAUUAUGCUUUUGAGACUAAAUAUUAUAUAGCAUUUGUUCUAGAUUAUUGUGCUGGAGGUGAAUUAUUUUAUCAUCUCAGAAAAUUGAAAAGAUUGAACGAAUAAGAUGCUAAGUUUUAUUUUGUUGAAAUUUGUAUAGGUAUGGCUUAUCUUCAUUCCUAAAAUAUUGUAUAUAGAGACAUAAAACCAGAAAAUAUUCUUUUAGAUUUACAUGGUCAUUUACUUUUAAGUGAUUUCGGAUUAUCAAAGCCUGAUAUGACACCAGAUGAUUUUGCAUAUUCAUUUUGUGGAUCUCCGGAAUAUAUGGCUCCUGAAAUGUUGAUGAAAACAGGUCAUAAUUAUUUAGUAGAUUGCUAUUGUUUAGGUGCUUUACUAUAUGAAUUAGUUACAGGAUUACCCCCAUUUUAUUCUCAUAAUACACAAGAAAUUUAUAAUUCUAUUCUGACUGAAACUAUUGAAUUUCCAUCAUAUGUUUCAAUAUCACAUGUCUUAAAAGAUCUUAUAUUAUAAUUGCUUUAAAAAGAUCCUACAGAAAGAUUAGGAUAAAAUGGAGGAGUAGUUGAGAUUCUAACCCAUGAAUGGUUUAAAGAUGUUGAUUUUGAAGCUAUUGUCAAUAAAAAAUUAAAAACUCCAUAUAAACCAGAACCACUUAAAUAUAAUUUUGAUGAAGAAGAAUUCAAUAAAGGAGAUGCUGAAUUUAGAAAAUAAUAUUAGAUAAAUUUAUAAAAAGAAUUUCAAGUAUUUAUUUUAUAUAUAUAUUUAGAAUAUUGAUACAGCUAAUUAUGUAUUAAAAAAUUUUUAUUAUUCUAGAGAAUCUUAAGUUGGACUAGAAAAAACUAAAAGAACCAAUGAAGUUGAUUUUAAUCUACUUAAAAAUUAAUCAAUUCUAAUUGAAACAUAAUCUCCUAACAAAAAUUUGAAAACGUAAUAAUAAUAGAAGACAGAUAAUUAUUAUUCUUAAUAAAUUCUUGCAUCCCCUUAAGAAGGAAAAAGAAUUAAUAGAUAAACAGGAAAAAGUGAAGUUUAUGAUUAUUUUAAAAAACAUGAUUUGUUGACGAAAUCAUCUUAACUACUACAUUAAUCUACUAAAUUAGGACAUUCUUAUUCAAAAACAAUGUAAUAAGCUUAAAAUUCUUUAUAAGAUUUGAAAGUAAAUUUAAAUUAUUAUUGUAGUAAUUCAAAUUGUUUGUUGAUUAAUCAAAAGCUUUAAUCUGUUCAGAUAGAACAACUACUAUGCCAGAUUAAAAUCAUAAAAAGGUUACAGAGAGAAUUAAAACAGAACAGUUUGGAAAUCUACCCUCUCCUAAAACUACUACUAAUAGUUCAUUGAAUAAAUUGAAUAAUUUCUCUAAAUUAUUUGCAUCUGAAAAAUAAAAACAAAAAUGA